CAAAGAUGGCGGCGGCGGCUUCACACCCAACGGCGACCCCGACGUCAUUCGUCAACAAGUGAGAUAAUGUAAUUUAGUUCCGGCCUGCCUGUUUGACGUCACUUCCGGCUCCGCCGGCGCUGUGCGCGCUUUUCUUACUGUCUUACUUGUGGAUGUGCGGAAACACAGGAGAGGGAGUUUCGUGGAGCGAGUCGGAAACAAUGUAGGGCCAGCAACAUGGAAGAGGCAGGCGGGAAGCCCACGGCUGUUGCAGUUGUGACUGAGCCUCGAUUUACCCAGCGAUACAGGGACUAUCUCGAGAAGCAGAAACUCCUGGAUAGACAGCACCGUGUGAAAAAGCUGCGGGAUGGCACCGUGGCGCUACCGGUUCUGAGAGAGGCCUUCCUUGAGCAGCAUCUGCGGGAGCUGAGGAAUCGUGUGGCUCCAGGUAGCACCUGUGUGCUGACGCAGCUCCUGGAUCCUGUUCCUUCAAAGAAGGCCCAGAGUUACUCACCUGCCCAAAGGCUGUGUCUUGAGGUGAGUCGCUGGGUAGAGGGCCGCGGAGUGACGUGGUCUGCAGAGUUGGAGGCUGACCUGCCCCGAUCUUGGCAACGACACGGUGACCUCUUGUUGCUGAGUGAGGACUGUUUCCAAGCCAAGCAAUGGAGACAUCUGGAACCAGAACUCUGGGAGACGGUUGCCUCGGCACUUGGCGUCCAGCGUUUGGCCAAACGAGGGCGGGUGUCCCCGGAUAGCACUCGGACUCCAGCAGUGAGUCUGCUGCUGGGCGACCACAGCUGGGUAGAGCAUGUGGAUAAUGGGAUUCGGUAUAAGUUUGACGUGACCCAGUGCAUGUUCUCCUUCGGAAACAUCACUGAGAAGCUUCGUGUGGCGUCGCUGCCCUGCGCCGGAGAAGUGCUAGUGGAUCUCUAUGCGGGGAUUGGUUAUUUUACCUUGCCUUUCCUAGUUCAUGCCGAGGCUGCUUUCGUCCAUGCUUGUGAGUGGAAUCCCCAUGCGGUAGUUGCUCUGAGAAAUAACCUUGAACUCAAUGGAGUAGCUGAUCGAUGCCAAAUACACUUUGGAGAUAACAGAAAACUGAAGCUAUCAAACGUUGCCGACCGGGUGAAUCUGGGGCUGAUUCCCAGCUCUGAAGAAGGCUGGCCCAUUGCCUGCCGAGUGCUAAAACAGGAUGCUGGAGGCAUUUUGCAUAUUCACCAAAAUGUGGAGUCUUUCCCAGGGAAGACUCUCCAGCCUCCUGGAAGCAGUGAGAUGGAGGAGCAUUGGCCUUCUCCUCAGCAGAUUAUCAGCAACCAGUUGAAAAAUGGAGCUACCAGUGAUUCUAGGAGGAAAACGCUGUCAGUGGCCACCAAGCCAGAGUGGCAGAGCUGGGCUGAAGUUGCAGAGACUCGAAUUGCCACUCUUCUUCAUCAGGUGCAUGGAAAACCGUGGAAGACACAAAUCUUGCACAUCCAACCAGUGAAAUCCUAUGCUCCCCACGUGGAUCACAUAGUCUUGGAUUUGGAAUGCCGCCCCUGUCAUCUAGUUGGCUAGAAGAGGUGGAUCCUGAGACGGGAGGAUCUACUUGUUGGAGUUAACAACUGAACAUGUCCUGAAAGGAAGGUGUUUGGGUUUAAAUGAGUUAACAUACGGUAACUGUCAUCACAGUGACUGGUAUAUCGUGCAUAUUUCCGUCGGUCUUUGUAUGAGGGUAACGACCAUUACCCAGUCCACCUGUGAGUGAUUGCUACACAUCUGCUUUACUUAUAGCAGAAGGUCCUUAUUUUGAAAGCCAUUCACUGGUUAAUGAGGAUGUUCUGUGAAUUCUGCACAUCAGGCACUGGGUAGAAGGCCAGGGACACAGGUGAGUGAAGCUGAGUCCUGCCUACGUGGAAUCACCAUCUGGAGACAGACACAGGGGAAACAAUGUCAGUGCCAUGUACUAAGUGCACAUACAGAAACAGAUGGGUUUUUACACGCAUACGUCGGGAGGCACUGCCCACAUUUGGGGAUCUGGGUUGUAGGAGAUGGGGAGGGUGACUGGGAAGGUGGGAGCAGGGAUGCCUAGGCUGAAAUUUCCGGAGUGAGCAGGAGUUGUGUGUGAAUGGAAGAAAAUAAGGGUCCCUUAGCCUUUUUCUCCAGCUGAGUAUAUCCAUUUACAUUACAGUUUUCUCCAAGCAGUUGCCGGAUGGCCUGACCCAGAAGAGACGUCUAAUGGAACCAAGGAAAAAAGACGAAAGGAGUCAGGAGGCUCACAGAGUUCCUUACAGAUUCAAUCCAGGAAUCUGUAGAAGCUCUAAAGCUUUCCUUUGCAGGUUUCAGGAUUAGUUGCUGAUUAAUGCUCCCACUUGAUGGAGAAGUUGUGAUUAAAAAGCAAUAAUUUUAUCAAACUCUUAACUGUGAGCUGUAUUAACUCCAUAAUUUUAAUAAAUUAUAUACUUGUAUUAAUAUACCAGUAUCAUGUAUAGUUUUAAAUAUGCAAAUUUUAAAUGAUGAGAAACUAGUAUAUAAAAAGCAUUUUUUUUUCCAAUUUAAACCACAUCUUUAGUGGGUUUUUUUUAAGUAUAAUGGAUGUUAUUAGGUUUUUAAAAUAAUUAUUCCAUUUUGCAUAAUGCAUUUGAUAUACCAUAAUGAAUUACAUGAAUCAGGAUUUAACUGGCAGGAUUUAACUGGAACGGAAAUACAGGGGUUAUGAGAUCAUUUUUCUCCUAGAAAAAGCGUUUUUAAUUUCAGUUUUUCCCACCCUGAACACAUGUGUGAGAAGAAACUCAAAGUAUGUCAUUCUGAACAGCCUCAGGGUGCAGCCAAUUCACACUGGACAAGCCAUUAAAAUAGUCAUUUUCAAGCCGAACUAUUAUUUAUAUGAUUAAAACUAUUUUCAUAUUUCUAAAAACAUUUUUGAGUUUUGUUCUGGAAUACAGUUAAGUUACUUGGAAAUAGUCUGAUCUUUUUGAAUCUUGUUUUUGAGCAUUUGUCAGAGCAGCAUUUAGUCUGGGAUUAAUUUUUUCCCAUCAGGAGGCAAGACUGUUCUUCAUUCUCUGACUUAUGCCUUGUGAAUUAGGACAUUUGUCGCCCUUGCUGGCAGGAACAGGAAUUACCCAUACCCUGUGUGUGAGCUUUGAGUAUUGUUUCCUGUAAUCCUUUCGGAUGGUUCUUCUGUUGGCCUUCGGUAGUUUCCUGUCACGUGGGCUGGCCAUUACUCAGCUGAAUGCUUUCAGGGCCUGGUCAGCAGAUCUCUGGAGUUCCCUCUGUGUGUGACUCUCUGCUUCCUGGCAUUCUACCCUGUGAACUCUAUAGUUACUUGGGCUCCCAGGACCACUGCCUGGAAAAGUGUUCCAGGCUGUGGCAAAAGAAGCGAGGGGAGGCCAGCCCCAUCUCAUCACAGGGAGUCUGCACGCCUCCCCUCCCUGCACACAUGAUUUCAGAGAAGCCAAAAACAGAAAACAAGUAUCUGGCUCUGGGUAUUUAAGAGGUAAAGGUUGAAUCAAAAGUAAGCAGAAAAUAUUUAAUAUGAAGCUAAAACUGAAUUUUGGUAUAACACGUUUAGGCAGGUAGAUAUAGAUGGAUAGACUUAGUAAUUGAGUUUUAUUUUAAAAUCAAAGCUGUGCAUACUCAUGGAAAAAAAAAAAAAGCCGUUCUGAAGCUCAUUUCCCUUCACUUUAUUUGUCUACUUUCAACAUUCUCAAGUGGGCCUACAUGUCAAAGGAGAUUCAGGACCUAACCUACAUGUACCAACAGGAGUCAUGAGUCUGGAACUGGGCCUGAGGAUGUGGGAUCAGAAGCAACUCCAUUCACACAGGACAGAGAACAGUACCCACCUACCCUCUGUCACAAUAUAGCCUGGAGAGACCUGGACCAUCUGAACCUUCCACAGAAUGUCAUUAUUACAUUCAUGACAUCAUUACUACUUGGGCCAGAUAAAUAGCAUAUUGUAUUCCCAAGGAUAGGAAAUAAUCACUAGUAGGAACCAGCAUCCUUUUUACAUCAGUGAAAUUUUUAGGGUCUGGUGGUCUGCUUGAAUGUCAAGAUGUCUUCACAAUAAAGUAUGAAUUUUUGCAUCUCA